UUCACAGUGGACCUGGAGGACUCAUAUCGGUAAUUUUAAGAGAAACAAAACAGAAAGGUGGGCAAUAAGAGAAACGGAAAAUCACAACGCAAUUAAGCAUGAAGACUUCCCAGAUACUGUUUCUGGGCCUGGCGCUUUUCCUCACCGUUCAACAUGCCGCGGGUUCUCACCGUCACAACUGCGGUCUUGGACCCGGAAUUGACGCUUGCGGAUGUUCCGAGGGCAUCGUAAAAGCCGCGAAGGUAGCCCGCCCGUUCAAAUUCGCUGACCCUUCCGUGAUCACCGAAGCCGCUAGCUAUAAGGUUUCACCUACGCACAGCAGCGGCUGCGGAAGUCUGAAUCAAGUGAAAAAAGUCAGUGGACCAUCGGUCAUAGAUCUGCUUCAGCCUUCUUGCGGCCCAAUUGCACCGAGACUACGCCCGGUCGGUGAUCUGUGCACCAGUUGCUCCGGGAUCGCUGAAGUCGUUCCUGCUCACCCCGGAAAGCCCAUGUGCCGCACUUGCGCUGCAGCUUUGGAAUGUAAGUGCAAGGAUCCUGACAAUGCACCCGUCUACACCAGCUACAGCAUUCCCAACGCCGAACUGAACGUCUUCGAGGACGAAGGACUCUCCUUCGACGAACAAGAAAACAUUUACAAUUCGCAAAGCGUGCCAGUGGCACCCGCUGACCCUGUUUCCUUGGCGUUGGCCUUUGGAUUGGCCAAACAAGCGAGCCAGAAUAUACAGGAGUCAAGAUUGGCUUUCGGACCAACGAGUACCCCGAUCGACGGUAGCAUUCGUAGGACUGUCCUCAACAUUCCCGAGGAAAGGCUCCUCACGGUCGACAAACCAAUUGUGGAAUUGAAACUCACAUCGAGACCUGCAAUGAGUGAUACCUACGCAGAAGUGAUCGCCCAGCAAGCGGCCCUGGAGGAGCAGAGACUGGAAUUGGAAGCCCAGGCCGAGCAGGGCGAUUUGAAACCUUCGUUCAUCAGCUACAGCGACCUUGGAUACGGUCCAGUAUCAUCAAGUGGAGUGACCUUCGUGAACACCGUCAGCGAUUCAGGAGUCGCUGCAAGUGCAGACCUCGAUGAAACUCCUUGCGGUGCUCUGGGACCAACGGUUCCUGGAUAUCGCAGCGGAAACGUAAUCGUCCAAAGUCAGCCCAACAAGGAUACCGACGAUGACUAUUACAGCGAUGGCAGCUACGAGCAGGCCUUCGACAGUGAUGACAGCUACAGCGUCGAAGAUUCCGAAAACUAUAACGGUAGCAGCGGAUUCCUCGCAAGGCUCAGAGCUUCGGCUCAUGCCCAAAACGGAUGUGGCUGUGGAAAAUGAUUGAGACGGAACUGUAAUCGAAUAGGAGUAUUCUUACUUCCGGUCGAUGCUGGCCAAUGAAAACUGCUCCGGUAUUGCUAGUCCGUAACCCUUGUGCCAUCAUGUGCCCUUUCCCAAAAAAUAAAAGUAUUUCACUACA